AUGUCUGCUUCUUACGGCGUCUUUCUUUACCUUUUGGUCGACUUUGUCGCUGCUCAAACGACGACUCAUACAAACGUGACUGUCAAUACUCUGUCGACGUGUGUGAAGUCCAACAGCAGCUGUGCCCAAUGCCUCCAUGACGCCUCUUGUUUGUGGUGCGAGUCCAGCCAACAGUGCAUGGACUACCCUGUCCAUUUUAUAGUGCCACCAAGCAGCCUGUGUCCCAUGAAUGAUGCCAGAUGGGGUUUGUGCUGGGUCAACCUUAAGGUGGUGCUGAUCACGCUGACUUCACUGGCUGGCCUGGUACUGCUUGCCUUGCUCGUGUGCUGCAUGUGCUGCUGCUGCCGCCGACGCCGCCAACAGCAAAUCAGUGAUGACGGAGAGGUUUUGAGGGCGGAGCAAAAAACCCGUGAGAGGAUCGCCCGACAGAAAGAGAGGAGAAUGGAAAUGCAGCUGAGGCAUGACAAAAUUCGUCAGAAAUAUGGUCUCACAAAGGAUCCGCCCUACUCCCGCCUGGACGAUAAAAAAUAA